AUAGCAGACAGCUUGAAUGUUGAUACUUGGCAAUUCAUUACUUCAUUUUUGAGUUUGACAAUUGACAGUUCGCUCACAACUUUGCUUGCGUGUGGACGUAUAUUCUAAUUAGAAUAAACAAUACAAAUAGCCGGCGCAAUGGUCAAAGUUGAUGUUAAAUACACGAAGCUGUUCAUUAACAAUGAAUGGGUAGAUGCCGUAAGCAAGAAAACCUUCGCCACGAUCAACCCUCAGGAUGAAACCGUUAUAACACAAGUGGCUGAAGGCGAUAAGGCGGACGUAGAUUUAGCAGUAUCGGCAGCACGGAAAGCAUUUCACCGAUAUUCGCCAUGGCGUACAAUGGAUGCUUCCCGAAGGGGUCUACUGCUGCUCAAACUGGCGGAUCUUCUGGAAGCCCAAGCUAGAUACCUAGCAGAGCUGGAAACAUUGGACUGUGGCAAGCCAGUGAAAAAUGCUGAGGAAGAGGUUUACUUUUCGGCUAGUGUUCUGCGGUAUUAUGCGGGAAAGGCUGAUAAAAUUCUUGGAAACACUAUACCAGCAGAUGGCGAGGUGUUCUCCAUGACAAUAAAGGAGCCAGUUGGAGUCUGCGCACAGAUCAUACCAUGGAACUAUCCCAUUCCAAUGCUGGCAUGGAAAAUAGCACCCGCGUUAGCUGCAGGUUGUACCGUGAUAGUGAAGCCAGCGGAACAGACGCCGUUGACAGCCCUGGCAGUGGCAGCCCUGAUCAAGGAGGCCGGCUUCCCCCCGGGCGUCGUGAACAUUGUCCCGGGGUACGGACCCACGGCUGGAGCUGCUCUAACACACCACCCCGAUGUGGACAAAGUUGCCUUCACUGGAUCCACUGAGGUGGGGAAAUUGAUCCUAGGUGCAUCAUCGCUGGUAAAUCUGAAACGCACCUCACUAGAGCUCGGUGGAAAGAGUCCACUAGUCAUAUUCAACGAUGCUGAUGUUGAAAAGGCAGCUCAAAUAGCUCAUGCUGCUGCUUUUGCUAAUGGUGGCCAAUGCUGUUGUGCUGGAACGAGGACCUAUGUGCAGUCCGGCAUUUACGAUCAAUUUAUAUUGAAAGCUGGAGAGAUCGCUCAGAAGCGUUCUGUAGGGAACCCCUUCGAUGAUGUUCAACAGGGGCCGCAGAUUGAUAAGGAAAUGUAUACAAAGGUACUGGAUUAUAUAAAGGCUGGUAAGAGCGAAGGUGCCAAGUGCAUGGCUGGAGGUGACAAAUUGGGUGACAAAGGAUUUUACAUAAAGCCAACCGUAUUUGCCGAUGUCAAAGAUGACAUGAAGAUUGCCAGGGAAGAAAUUUUCGGGCCAGUGCAAAGUAUUCUAAAGUUCGAUACGUUUGAUGAAGUGGUGGACCGCGCAAAUGACACCAACUACGGUCUUGGGGCUGGUGUUAUUACGAACGAUAUCACCACGGCGCUCAGUUUCGCCAAGCACGUCAGAGCUGGUUCCGUUUGGAUCAACACUUAUGACCACGUUACCAGCCAGACACCGUUUGGAGGAUUCAAGGAGUCAGGAUUGGGACGCGAACUUGGUGAAGAAGGGAUUAAUCAAUACUUGGAGAUUAAGACUGUCACAAUGGCGCUCCCAAACAAGCCCCAGUUAUAAAUAUAUAAAUACUAAUGUUUCACAUACGUAAACGUACUAAAUUUUUAAGUAAACUCCUGUUAUUUUUGUAACUAUACAUUUAUUUCGUUAACAAUUUGUUUUAUUACUAAAUAAACUUUUUAAAAAAUCA